AUGCCGUCAUAUCUGGUCACCGGAGCCUCUCGAGGCAUUGGCUGGGAAUGCUUCCGCCAGCUCGCCAGCCAUGCGGACAAUACGGUGAUCGGACUCGUGCGCAACAAGGCAGAGACCGAGAAGAAAGUCGCCAACGAGUUUCCCUCCGGCCGGGAGCGUCUCCAUAUCAUCCAGGGGGAUAUUACCGAUUAUGCCUCUCUGCAGACUGCGGCCACCGAAACCGCCCAAAUCACCGGGGGAGGGCUCGAUUAUCUGAUCGCCAACGCCGGCGUCGUCUCUCACUUUGACGCCUACGACCCGAUCGGAGUCCUAGGCCAGAACCCCACCGCGCUCGAAGAAGAGCUCACACACCUCUUCCGCGUCAAUGUCAUCGGCAACAUCCAUCUCUUCAACGUCUUCCUCCCGCUCAUCCAGCGCGGCACCGCCAAAAAGGUCAUCGCCAUCUCCAGCGGCCAGGCCGCCCUCGAUAUGAUCCCCAAGCUCAAGAUCGAGGUCGCUUCUUUGUACGCCAUCAGCAAGGCAGCGCUCAACACCGCCGUCGCCAAGUUUGGGGUUCAGUACGCCAAAGAGGGGAUUUUGUUUAUGAGUAUCUGUCCCGGCAUGGUCGAUACGGGCCAUUAUGUUGACGCGACGCCGGAACAGAUGCAAGGGCUGAUGGCCAUGUUGGGCUCCUUUGCUGAGUAUGCUCCGCAUUUCAAGGGGCCCGCCUCCACCGAGGCGGCCGUCAAGGAUGUGCUCGCCGUCAUGGAGAAGGCUAGUGUGGAGAAGGGGGAUGUCGGGACCUUUGUGUCUCAUUAUGGGAAUCAGCAAUGGCUGUAG